GCAUUUUGCUGAAUACUUUCAGUUGCCAUCGAGAUAUCACGAUGGGAUAGCAGUAAUGUGAUAGUUCUGUGUAAUACAAUAUGCCAGUUUUUAGAAAAAACUAAACACAUUUCGUAACGUUAAUCCUGUGGGGGUUUUUCGGAUUUUGUUUUCAUGGCAUAGUUAGUUAAACAUUAGCCAUGUUUAUCGUCAACCUUGUUGCAGAAUGGAUCAAUAGUAUAUGCAGAAUAGAUGCAGAAUAAGCGUUUUUUUGGACCAUCUGCUGUCUAAUCCAACAACUGUGUGGUUAAUUUACCACUGAGCUAACCCCAGCAGUAAACUCAUUUUAAAUCAUGUCGAAACUAGUGGGCACUGCGGGGGUCUCUGUGUUGGGCGACAAAUCUUUGGAGUUUUACCGAGAUCCAGUGGCUUUUUGUGAACAGCGUAUUGAAAAGCAUGGGACACGGAUAUUUCAAUCAAGACUUCUGAACAAACCAACUUCCUUCGUCUGUUCGGUGGAAGGGAUGAAGGAAUUACUUUGCGAGAAGUCAUCUGUGUUCCUGAAAGACCCCACUGAUGUAAUGCACAACAUGUAUGGAGACAACAUAGUGACUGCUAAUGGCGAGGAAGCCUGCUUGCUGCGUCUGUCUCUCACCAACCUUUUCACAGGAAAGUGUCUGUCCUCAGGCUCUGACCUCAUUAACAGUGUUUCUGAACGGUGCUUGAAGGACCUUUCUGCAACUGGGGAGCCCGUGUCGGUGUACCCUCUGUUUAAACGACUGGGAACAGAACUGGUGUUGGGGCUGUUCCUGAAUGUGAACCCAGAUGAGACACCAGAGCUUUUCCAGGACAUUACAGCACUCUGUACCCUACACUGGCAUGGGAUCAUCUCAACUCCAGUCCGUGUGAAGGUUCCUCUGUGGUCCUCUGGCUUUUGCACAGCGCUGGAGGCUAAAGACAAGCUCAUGGACAUAAUUAAAGACAAGCUGGAGUGUCAGAGACAGGGGUUUGUAGGUUAUCUCCGUGAUCUACCUCUCCCUGAUGCCAGUUGUGCCUCCCAGCAUCUGCUGUUGUUCAUCUCUGCUCUGAUCCCCAAAGCCCUGGCAUCCUUACUCACCUCCUUCACCCUGGUUCUGAGUGGAGCAGGCAAGAAGGAAAUUAGGAAUCGUGCGAGGGCAGACCCUGAUUACCUUUACUACGUCCUCCUGGAAGUACAGAGACUUUGGCCUCCGUUCAUUGGUGGAAGACGAAUAGCCAAUCAUGACACUACUCUGGGAGGCUUCCACAUUCCCAAGGGUUACGCUGCCAUGUACAUCAGCCACGCCAUCCACCGCGACCCGGAAGUGUUCCACCAGCCAGAGGACUUCCUGCCAGAGAGGUGGAGUGGAAGAAACGCAGGACAGGAGCACCUUCUCUGCAGCCUAGGCAACGGCCCCAGGAACUGCAUCGGAGUCCAGCUGAACAACGUCUUUCUCAAGGCAGCGUGUGGGUACCUGCUCCAGCACUAUGAUUGGGACCUGAGCCCCUACUCGCAGGACCUCCAGUACAAAUGGUUGCCUGUGUCCCGGCCCACUGUCCCUCCGAUGGUGAGCUUCACUGAGCUGGAGAGCAGUGCCACAGACCUGCCUGAUAGUCCACCCUAAAGACCAAAGCAUGGACACUGAGGGGCAGGUGGAUAGGACGAGGAGAGGCCCCGCUGUAGCAGUGGUCCUAAUGGUCUCUCAAGGACACCAGUAUGGGCAGGUCUUAGUUAUUACCCGUCACUCGAUCUUCCUGUACUGAUUUUUUAAGAUAAUGUUGAUAUGGAUCACUGUUCACAUCUUGAUACUGUAUAUUGUCCAGAACAGGACUGAAAACAGUGACAGUGUCAUACAGUUGAAGUCGGAAGUUUACAUACACCUUAGCCAAAUACAUUUAAACUCAGUUUUUCACAAUUCCUGACAUUUAAUCCUAGUAAAA